GCGGGCUGUUCGCCGCGCUCGCCUCGGGAUCGCGCGGCCCGGUUUACGUGCGCGUUCGGUCUCGUCUCCUCUCUCUCUCUCUCUCUCUCUCUCUCUCUCUCUCUCUGGAUAUUUUGCUCUCGUCUUAAUCUCCUCCUCUGGCGACGGGUGUUUCGCGGCGACUGAUGGGUCAGGAGCGUCGGCGCGGCGACGCUCUGCGGGUUCCGCCGGAAGUGGACCCGCCGGGUGCUCGUACGGCGCCCGGACGCCGGUUUCGGCGAGCCGGUGGUGGGGGACCCGCGACCGGUGGGGGACUGCCGAUUCCUCCGGUAGUCGGGAAGUGACCGAGCGCGGGUGUUUACGUGCGGCCGAGCCGGAAAGAGAGCCGCGGAAUUGGACCGAGUUGGCCCCGGUGGGUGAGGACCGCGUGGACGUUCACUCGUUGUGGAAGGAAGGUGGCUCGGAAGUGCCGGGGGGGAGAGAGAGAGAGCGAGCGCGAGCCUGCUGGUGGGAGCGAGACCGCGAAGGGGCCGAGGGAAGCGCCGCUGCUUUCGGCCCUAGUUCCGCGGGCCGCCGCUAACGGCGCUCCCGGCGCGGCGCCAGCUCCCGAAGAUGUGACCCGGGACUCGGUUUUCUUGAGCUUUAGUGACCGUCGACGCGGUUUCGUCGCCAGCCGGGAGUCUACCGUGUCGAAGGAUUCGGGCGCGGCUGUGUGCCACCUUUUUUUCCACGGUCGGUUUUAACGGGCGAUUAUCGGGAUACGACGCGCUCCGACAUGCUCGCGGGAGUGGAACCGCCGCGCCGGAGUUGCGCCGACUGGCCGCGCGGGGCGACACCGGCGCCUACGAGAUGCGACGGAUUCAAAGUGCGCGUCCCUUAGGAUCGAGACUCCGGAGUGCGAGAAUUCCCGGGACUCCUCCGAGGGAGUACUCACGCGGCCCCGUGGCGGCGCGAAUUCGACGUUCUAACCUAGAUCUCGGAGCACGCCUCGGUUACUGGGAUAUGUUAACUGCAAAGUGAACGGCGAACGGAAGUGCCGGGGAGCUCGGCUCGCAUCUCCGAAUGGCUGCCGUGGUUUCGCCACUUGAAGGAUUUAAUCCAACCGCGGAGACUCGUCCGCUGAACUGAAUGGAGCUCGUUCGCUCGGUCAGUGGUGCAUACUACGUCGGCUUCUGAGACACAACGACACGGCUCGUUGAUGGCCACAUCGGUGAGAACCCGUUCGACAACGGUUCCUGGGUGAAGGACCACUUUCAACCGGCGACGGUCCCCUGGCAGCUCAAUCCACGCGGCCACGGACGCCUCAGUGACGAUGGCAUAAUGGAUCAUGACACGGACGGAGACGGCGCGAUCAACUUGUCAACGUCCCAAAGACCCUCCGCUUCGACCACCCCUAACGGUGACACCCCUGCCUACGGCCAAGAUCAGCAAGACAACGAUCAGGCGAGCUCGCUCUUCGCGGCCCUGAAGCAACAGCAACAACAGGGCCGCGACUCCGGGAGGGAACGAGAGGGCAGAGAGAGGGACAGGCCAUCCCGAGGCGGCGUGGCCGAGGGCGAGCACCAGCACCAGCUCCAACACCAGCACCAGCACCAGCAGGAGCUGAGCAUCGAGUACCAGAGCAAUGGGAAGCUCAGUCCCGCUGGGCACGCACUGACAGCAGCACCCAUGACCCAGCAAAAGCAGCCGAUCCUCACGCAACAGUCGCAGCAGCCCAGCUCCGGGGCCCCAGGGCCCCAGCCGAGUCCCCAUCAGAGCCCCCAGGCCCCCCAGCGGGGAUCGCCCCCGAAUCCGUCGCAGGGUCCGCCACCGGGAGGCCCGCCUCCCGGUCCAGCCUCGCAGAAUCCCUCGCAGAUGAUGCUCAGCCCGGCCAGCGGCCUCCACCAGAUGCAACAGCUCCUGCAGCAGCACAUCCUCAGUCCCACCCAGCUGCAGUCCUUCAUGCAGCAGCACACGCUCUACCUGCAGCAGCAACAACAGCAGCAGCACCACCAGAUUCUCUGCUUUCAGGACUCUGCGUCGGAGCACGCCUCCAACCAGGACCGCUUCGGAUACUUUUCCUCCUUGAAAAACCAUCAACAUCAGCUAGCCGAGUUGGGCCGGAAGCAGCUGGAGCAGGCGAUACAGCAGCUCCAGGAACAGUUGCAGCUGAAUCUGAUCCAGCAGACGCAUUUACUCCAAACCGCCGACAAGAAGAAGGCCUCUGCUCCUCUCCAGCAACUGGCGCUACAACAGCAACAACUCAUUCAGCAACUGCAGAUCACGCAACGACAAUACGUCCUCCAACAGGGGCUCAGCCUGCAAGGUCACAAUCACUCCGCUGGUCUGCAGCCGGGGGAAGGGUUGCCAGGAUGGAAAAGCGAGCCAUCGGACGGGGAGGGCCACCAGAACUCCGGGUCCUCCAAAUCUGGAACCGGACUGAACGGCCUUCUGAAUUCGAUAGUGUCGAGUCGGCGCUCCGAAAUGAACGGCACCACCUCGCUGGACGACAAGCCCCUGGACGCGUCCUGCAACGACAAGACUCACCCUCUCUACGGCCACGGGGUCUGCAAAUGGCCGGGCUGUGAAGUUAUCUGCGAAGACUAUCAAGCAUUCCUUAAGCACUUAAACAACGGUCACACGUUGGACGACAGGUCGACGGCCCAGGCGAGAGUGCAGAUGCAAGUGGUUUCGCAGCUGGAAAUACAACUGCAGAAGGAGCGAGACCGGCUGACCGCCAUGAUGCAUCAUCUGCACGUGGCCAAACAAAUGGCCUCCCCGGAGCCCCCGAAGUCAUCCGAGUCGUCGACGGGCUCGAGUCUGCCAAAGUUGAAUCUCUCCUCCGCUCUGAUGAACCAGCCGCCCCCGAAUUUCGGAGUCUCCCAGGUGUCGCCGGUCUCGAUGUCGGCGCUGGUCUCGGCGGUGAGGUCCCCAGCAGGAGGCCAACUACCACCCUCGGCCGGUGGUGCACCGAUGCCGCCGAUCCCCAACAUGUCCAACAUGUCGGGGAUCCCUUCCAUGCCCAGCAUGCCAGGGAGCAUGCCGAGCAUGCCUACGAUGCCGAGCAUGGCCGGGCCGAUCAGGAGGCGAAUCAGCGACAAGUCUGCUCUCUCGUUGGCCGGAGAGAUUCAGCGGAACCGGGAGUUUUACAAGAAUGCCGACGUGAGACCUCCCUUCACGUAUGCGUCGUUAAUCCGCCAGUCUAUCAUCGAAUCUCCGGAUAAGCAGCUAACGCUCAACGAAAUCUACAACUGGUUCCAGAACACCUUCUGCUACUUCCGGCGUAACGCAGCUACGUGGAAGAACGCGAUCCGCACCAAUCUAUCGUUGCACAAGUGUUUUGUGCGCUAUGAGGACGACUUCGGCUCAUUCUGGAUGGUGGACGACGCCGAGUUCGUAAAGCGGCGGCAUCUUUCCCGCGGCCGCCCCAGGAAAUAUGACCCAACCCCAUCACCCACUCCACCCCACCUCUCCGCACAGGGUGUCCCGUCGAAGAGUCCGACGCUGACGCACAGUCCGACCAUGUACGGCGAUGCUCUCAAUGCUAACCUCCAGUAUUUCCAGGCUGCGCUUGGCGAGUCCAACAUGGGAUUCUUGAACAAUUCAAUGUGCACGUCGACCGCGACGAGCCCCGACAAGGAGCACGUGUUACCUCACAACGACUUAAUGUCGCCGCUGGACGAACCGACGGUGCACAUAAAGCAAGAGGGUCAGAGUCCCGAGGGAGGGAAGCUCUCGAGACUGAUAAAACGGGAACUGCUCGAGGCGCCGACGGAACAGGAGGCGGAGGAGGACGCCGUGGACGAGCGAGAGUACCCGGAGAGCCACGGCCAGGACUCGGGGCAGGACGAAGACAUCGCGGAGGAUCUGUCGAUGGCGCCCGACAUAAUGGCCCCCGAGGACCAGAUCGAGGCGUAGUACCACCCCGCGGUUAAUUAGAGACACUCCCGUCCCAACUCCAUCCAGGAAGCCCCGAUCCCGCCCCUCCAUCCCCGUCCCCCUAGGCCCCCGGAAAAUCUCACCAUAUCCAACCGCGCUUCGAGCGCGGUCUAAAGACUUCGAGGAAGCGUCUAUUAAUCCACGGGGCGCGGCGGCCAAUCGAAUUGGCGAUCCACCCGCCCCAUCGAUCCAUAUCUUUAUCCAAGCAAUUGUGAACAACGAUGUAUCUCCGUUUCGACUUCGUGUAUAUUUCCUAGUGUUAACGAGGUGCGUUCGCUAGGUGGCGCCUCGCGGCCCGUGGGGCCUCGCGGUUCGCCCCGCGUCCCGAGAGGCGGCGCCACCGGCGGCGGACGACCGUUUCGGCGAGCGCCUCGCACGGUAUCUUCCAAGAGAGCUUGUAGCGGGAUUCCGUCCACCAAGUUCGACGGAUAUCGGCGUCGGUAGCCGUGUUAUCCCAAUGGGCUAACGACGGCGAUGGCUAUCGACUCGGCGUACGGAAUCCUGGGCGGCGGACCGCGCGCUUCCCUCGCGUCUCAGCGCGCGGAGACGUCGACAGCGGUCGCUCGGCCCUCCUCCGGUGGGUGGCGCGGGCUGUCGCGAGAGCCAGAAGAUGCUUCGCGAGGUGUACAUAUAUAUAUACAUAAACACACUGUAGAUAAUCUAGAGGUCGUAAGGCGUAGCAGAGUUUGGUUAAACGAGGUCAGUCCGACGCGGGUCGGCCCGUUCCAAGAGACGCGUCACGGCGGAUUUCGAUGCGAGCGCGCUCGUAGGCGCGUGAAUUUUUUAGGAGAGCUCGGACCAUCGAGGAUCGUUCGGGACGACGAGCCCUUGUUGAAUCUUGUCCAAAGCUCCCAUGGAGAGCCUGGUCUCGGGGGAAGCGUGACCGCGUGCGAGCGAGCCGCCGAUCGUUCCGCUCCUCCUUCACCGUCGUCUUAGCCUGUAUAGAGCCGUAGGAAGUACCUAUAAGUAGUUUCAUAUUCAUUCGUACGAAGUAACCCCUAGGAUUUGUAAAUGACCCUGCGACGCCGACGACGAUUUCUCGGACGCACUUCGAGCGGUGUGACGAUACGCGACGCGAUACAGCCUCUAGACGGUACUCCGUACGCAAAGCUCGACCGGACGGUACGAAUUCUAUACAUAAACUAGAAAAGUCAUGUAUGAACAUACAUAUAUACAUAUAAGCAUAUGUAUCCCUUCUCUGGUGGAGAUACUUUCUCGGAAUUUUCCUUUAUUCGCCUUUGGCGGCCUCGGAGAGUGGUUCCGAACUCUUUGGAGAACUUCCCCGAGGCCUUCCGAAAGGUGACUGAAGUCCGUUUUGCAUAUCCGGGGUGCAUCAAAGCAAUACUUAAUAACUUCGGGCUCAUUGGCUUACGCGUUCCCGAAAAAUCCUCCCACCAGGGUCUCCUCCGUUGCAUCCACCGUUGACGUUCGAACCCGAAUUGCCGAUGUCCUCCGCAAGUUCGUUUCCUCCGUGGUACUACCAUUCGUUCCGAUCCUCGAAAUUAACUCGUUAGGCACCUGCACGAAGUGACUCGUUCACCUGUAAGUCCGUAAUCAUGAAUUUGCAUUUAGGGGCGACAGAAAAUAAUACGUUCCUCCUCGAGGGACACUGAGAGCGAGGAUCAGAGAUCGGUUUUUAACUUUAUGAACCUAUCUGUUCCGCCCGACCGGUCGGAUUCCGAAGAGAUACCCAGGUCUUCGCUUACCCAUGUGUAACCGUUACACAAUUAACAUGUAAUUGUGCAAACUUAGCGCAACGUGCACCCGACUCUUGUUACGAUGUCCAGGGGAAGAGGGGCAACGCGCGGGGUGAAACAGCUUUUCGUUACUGUGAUAUUAUUAUAAAAAUGCGGCGCUACAUUGUUAGACUGCAACACCGACUCACAGUUAAACGCGUAGCGAAUGUGAAAGCUCGGAUUUCGCCUGCACUCGACUAGACUCGUGGAGAAAAAGACGCGUUUAGACGCUGUUUGAAUUUCUUUUUCUUAUCUUUUCUUUUAUCGUUUCGAAGCGUACCCUUGACAAAUCAGUGCCGACGGCGAGGGACGUGGACGUAGAUGAAGAAGCAUCUCCAACUACGUCCGCGUCCUUUGGAAAACGGUCUUCUAGGUAGUUUUUAAAACAGGCAUGUCUCUGUUCCGCGUUCUCGCGUCGACGCUCCACCGCCAUUUUUCCCCUAUCACCAGCUCUCCCGCCCCUCUAUUUAUCUACUAAUACUAAAAUAUUAAUGGUAUCAUUGAGCCAUGGCCGACAACACGCCGUGGCGGUAACAAAGACAAUGCCGAGAGAAUGUCGUCCAAACGGCACUGGCUUUUAGAGACCCUGUAAUAAGAAGCGCUUACACGAGACGUCAGCCAUGUUUGGCGUUAUCCGAAAUUCGGCCGAGUCGUUUCGACGAUUUAAUCGACUUUCUAACUGAUAUUGCGCACCGAGGCGUACUUCCAAAAUACCGGCGAACCUCCGCAACGAGUUCCGAAAUAAGCAUUCCGUGUUUCGGCGCAUUCCGAAAGCAUGCAUUUGUCGAGUCGACGAGGAGCCGAUCGAUAGCCAUAGGAUUAACAAAAUUGCCCGCAGGCUUUGAAUGCAAUCGUUAUGAUAAUUACGUAUAAAUCUCUGGUAAUCAGGCGAGUAAUUUAAAAUGAAGGUGCAACCCCGACAGGGGAUCGAUGCCACGAGUCGGCAGGGUUGGCGACACCGACGACACACUUGUUAGAGGGUCUCUUCUUUGAUGACGCGACGUGAUAACCGCGGUCAUCGCGCUGUGUUAACAAAAACCACGACUGAUAAGGCAUUAAUGGAAGAAUAUUCGAAUUGGACGGCUGGUGACAUACCAAAGAUAGGCUCCGAUUGGUCGAUGGGAUCUCUUCAGGGGUCAGGGGAUGCCACUGCCGUUUGGACAUGUUUCAAGUAUCGUACUACCGCUACUCUAAGUCUAUGUACUGUGUAUAAUGAAUUAAGGACUUGAUAUAUAGACUCUUCUGUACAUAGUCAAACUGAUGAGGCGUUAGGAAUUAACGAAUACACCAUUUACGAACCA